AUGCAGUUGAAUUGAAUGCCUUGCUCGCCCCUUUCGCUACUCAAUCUUGAGGGCAGGAGAAAAAUAAUAAGAAAAUUGAUGAUGGCCGCCCUACGAAAUACAAGCCUCGUGCCGGUGAGGUUGAUAAAACACGGAUUAUUCAGCCCUGUUGUGAGGAGAGCUCGGGCAAACACUUUCAGCUCGCUUGUCCAACGAUGUCAGCCGACGUUCAGCUACCUUUCGUUCACAAAUCACAUCUCUUCAAAAUUCUACAGCACCACCAAAGCCACCACCGAUGCCAAAGGCCUUGCCGAAGAAAUCCUCAAGUCCCGGCUGCAGGCCGAUGGUGGCGGUGGAAAGGAGCAAAAAGACGAGCAGAAACAGGAGACCGAAGAGGAAAAGAAAAAGCGAGAGGCCGCCUGGAGGACUAUGAAGUACACUUUUAUCGCUUUCGGUGUCACAUUCACCAGUCUCGGCAUUUGGGUGUUAGUCGAGUGUGGCGCCCCGUUAAAAGACCCUGAUGGCAAUGACAUAGAAGACGAAUACAGUGGCAUGCCAGUCGUCCAGCAAUAUAUUGCCCGAUCGUGGAGAGAGUUGGUUUCAUACAGAAAGAUGAUUCAAGAACCUUCAAGAGACAAACUGCUCCCCGACCCUUUAACUGAGCCCUAUUAUCAACCGCCAUACACGCUAGUCCUUGAAAUGACAGAUGUUCUUGUCCAUCCAGAUUGGACAUACCAAACUGGCUGGAGGUUCAAGAAGAGGCCCGGCGUCGACUUUUUCCUUACCCAAGUUGCGCCUCCUUUAUUUGAAGUUGUUAUUUACACUGCUGAGCAGGGCUUUACUGCAUUUCCCAUUCUUGACGCAUUAGACCCACACGGUUGCAUUUCCUACCGUCUGUUCAGAGAUGCCACCAAGUAUGUGGAUGGACACCACAUCAAAGACUUGGAGAGUUUGAACAGAGAUCUGAGUAAGGUCAUAGUUGUCGACUGGAACGACAAGUCCAUCAAAGAAAACUACAGCAACGCCUUGCUGCUUCCUAGGUGGAAGGGAAAUGACGAUGACCAAACUCUCAUUGAGCUUGCGGUCUUUUUGAAAACAAUUGCUACUUCGGAAGUUCAGGAUGUCAGAGAAGUUUUGAAUUACUAUCACCAGUUUGAUGAUCCCUUGGAAGCUUUUAAAGAAAACUUGCAAAAACUCCAGGCACAAGAGGUAGCAAAACAGCAGCAGCUAAGUGAAGAAAAAAAGAAGAGCCCGCUAGCAAAUACUUUCCUGAAAAGAAGGUAGCACCAAUGAAGUUUCCCGGAAAUAUAGACAAAUGAACAUACUGAAGCCUCACUUUUUCCAUCUACUUAACUUCUCGACCUUGGCUUUCUCUGCAAAUAUGGCACCUUGGUCUGCAGCCUGUGAUUGUAAGAGAAGGCAGGAAUUGCUUUUGCUGCUGUGUGGCUGACUUUAACGUAAUGCUUGGCAGCAAAUUACAAAUUUCAAUUCACUGAAAUAUCCUGGAAUUAAAAAUAAAAAUGCUCAUUUCAUUGA